GUUUCUUUGUUCCCCCACGCGAGCGAGCUGAUAGGCGAUCCGUUCAAUUGGGAUUCUGGGAACUGGGUGCGGUAGAGGCAUACCUACCACUGUAUACCUUCUAGGGAUUCUUCUCCCUUGCCGACUUUCUGGGCGUUCAUUACAGCAGCAAUCAUGGUCAGGGCAGGAAGGCAAAAGGUCAGAACGGGGUGUUAUACAUGCAAGAUCCGCAAAGUAAAAUGUGACGAGACCAAGCCGAGCUGCCUCCGCUGCACCAAGACGGGCCGCAGGUGUGAUGGCUAUCCAGCCGCUCCGUUGCAUUCCCAGUCAUGGCAGGAGCUCUUGGCCAAACGGCCCAUCAUCCCGGCCGUGACGCAUCGUCACAACUCCCAGGAGGGCCGCGCCCUCGAGUUCUACCGGUGCGUGCUCGCACCCACCUUCUCCGGCUCGCUAGACGACGACUUCUGGACCCACGUGGUGAGCCGGGCCAGCUACCAGAACCCCGUCGUCCGCCAUGCCGUCGUCGCCAUCAGCUCCAUCUGCGAGCUCAUCAGCGACCCCAGCGUCAAGGGGCAAGCCCUCGUCAAGUUCCCAAAGGGUCGGUAUGCCAUCGGGCACUAUAACCGCGCCCUCCAGGACAUAUCCAAGACCGACGAUGAGGCCAUGGUCAUCUUUGUUUGUAUCCUGUUCGUCUGUAUAGAAAUCCUCCAGGGCAACCGAGAGGCGGCCAUCUCUCACUGCCAUCAUGGCGUCCAAAUCCUGAAUCAGCUCAACGGGGGCAAGAGCAAACUAAACUCAUCAAGUUCCAUCCUGUCCCGGGACCAGCUUCUAAACCCCUUUGCCCGUCUGAGCAUCUUCCCCUUCUUCUACGGCAGCACAGUCGACGUCUUCCCCAGGCUCCUCCGGCACGGGUCCGAAGCACCGGAGUCAGACGGUGGUACCUACGGCGCAGGAACCGCCGCCGCUCUCGCAUCCGACAGCGCCCUAACCGUGCUCGACGAGCUCCGGUCCGGUCUCGACCUCCUCGUCGCGCGCGCCAUGCGCUUCCUCCGCUCCGCCGACCUCUACCGGAUCGGGCCCUCGCGGCACGAGCCCGUCCCCUCCCAGAUCCUGACCGAGCAGGCCAACCUGACCAAGUCCAUCGACGACUGGCUGGUCCGCUUCACCAUCUUCAGCGCCGUACACUCGCCCACCGAGGACGCGGCCGGCUUGUUCUACCAGAUGCGCAUGAAGAGCUACAUCACCAAGAUCUGGAUCGCCACGGCGCUGGACCGCACCGAGAUGGUGUACGACCGGUUCGUGCCCCUGUUCCGCGAGAUCGUCGACAUGGCCGGCCGCUAUCUGGCCGCCGAGAAGAGCCGACCGCGAGGACCGUCGCCACCUCGACAGGCGACUGAAGAGGAUGCUGGUGGUGGUGGUGGUGGUGGUCCCGCAUCCCCACCCAACAACAGCAACACCAACAACACCAACAAACCCCGUUUCGUCUACGAAAUGGCUUACCUCCCCAUGCUCUACUUCGUCGUCAUGCGCUGCCGCCACCUCGAGACCCGCGUGACCGCUUUGGAGCACAUGACCACCUUAUCCGCUCUCCACCAGGGGCUCUGGGACUCAACACUAACCUUCUGCAUCGGCUGGCGACUCAUCGAGAUCGAGCACGGCGCCGACCGCGAGACGCUCUUGCUAUCGAUGGCCCAGGCAAAGGGUUUGGGGCAUCAGUCCAUAUCCCGUCGUACUACUACUACUACUACUCGUCUAGCACCAGAUGUCAACUCGCUAGUCGGUCGGAUGAUGCCCGGGACGACGCCGAUGCCCCCCGACAGGAUGAGACUCAGGGAGUGUGUGAUUACGGGCGAUCAUACCGUGGAGCAGGAGGAGGAUAACCCGGGCACGGGCGCGGGCAAGGGCUUGAGGACGGGGUAUAGGAGGGUGAUUUUCCAUGUGUGGAAGCCGGAGAGGGAAGGGGGGGUGGGCACGUUUGAGGAGUGGGUGCCUAUUUCGGAGCCGCCGCCGAUGAGGGAUAUGUGCUAUGAUUAUGAGUUUGGGGCAGCGCCGGCGGCGGCGGGGGCGGGGAAUGAGCUGGUUGAGGUGAAGCUAGAGCAUGGUUACAAUGCUUCGAGUUUGGUUGAAGCUAAGCAUAGCUUUGGUUUUGUUGAUUUGGGAGGGGGAGAGCAUGAUCUACCGACGAGAACUAUGCCCCCGGUUUAUGAUGGCUUCAAGUUGGAGAGUGUGGUUUAA